GGUUCGCAGCCCCUCGGGGUACCCGGGACCGCCGGGGGAUGGGGCGCGGGAGGGGGAGCCGGUGCCGCCUUUGUACCCGGCGCCCGGGCUGGAGGCCAGAGCAGGAGGACUCGCCUUGGACAAAGCCCUCAGCAACCACAGCCCUAGAGCCCGGAACAAAAGAUGCCCCUUGUGCUGGUCGCCGCGCGCGAAGGGUGCGCGCGUGGGGCGGGGCGGCCUCUGGCGCGGCCACCUCUCCGUGGGAGUGUCCGUCCGCUUUGUGUCUAGACCUUCUGCGGGCCACCUGCACAGAGCUGAGACUUUGCCGGGCCCUGCAGCCCGACUCUGGCUAGGGUCGUCUGGGUGCGUCGGGUGUCUGCCCCUGGAAUCUGUCUUGGUUCCUGUGCCCGGAGUAGUCAAGGGGGCGGGCAGCUGGAGCCACAGUUAGGGCUUGGGGAAGCUGCUUGGCAGGGUGACCUAGAUGCCUGGCAGGGUGGGGGCUAUCUGAGCAGACUGGAUUCGAGAGACUGGUGGAGGUUCUGGGCUGUGCCUGGACAUGGGUUUGUGCUUUUAGUCCUUCCUGGGAGUGCAGGCGGGCUUAUCUGUGUGGACAUGUUCAUGGUGUGCAUGCAUCUGCUCUAAUGGGGCACCUCCUGUGUGUCAGGUGCUCAUGCUUGUGCUUGGGUACACUUGUAUGAAUUCUGCCCCUCUGCACCCUCCCUUGAGGUGCCAGCCCUUGGACAUGAAUGUGUGGGUGAGCUGCGCCCCUGGACUGCUGCUAGAUACAGAGUGGGUGUUUAUCAUGCAAGGAUGAGUUUAGGCACUAAGCGCAUGUUAGUUUGUUCAUCUGUAUCCCAGCACAGGGUACGUGUUUAUGCAGCAAAUCCAUGAGUACACACUUCUGUGUGUGUGUUAUGCUUCUGCGUGCAUCCAUGUUUGAUGGCACAUGUGCCUGUCAGGCCUUGGCACACUUGCACUGGGUUGUGUGCAUGUGUAUGUGUGUGUGCUGAGUCUUUGAGGUGUGUUAUCAAGAGGGCCUGUGUGCGGUGCCUGGUGGGCCUCAGCAUCGGUGCUCUCACCUCUGAGUCCCUGGAGCCAGCCCCUUGCCCAGCCGCUUCACAGGGAGUCAGCAAUGAAGGCCAGGGAAGACUGGAUGAGGGGUAGAGGCUGGAGCAGAGAGUGGCCCCCGGCCCUGAGCAGAGGGCUAAUGGUCACCUCUGCUCUCCCAUCUUACAUUCCUGACAGUUGAGGGGGGCAAUGUGAGCAACUCAGGUACCUAUGAUCCUGAGCUGGGGGCACCCACAGUGGGGCAGCUCCAGGCCCUCCCUCCACACCAGCCUGCUUGCCAGGGGGCACCCACAGUGGGGCAGUGGAUGCAGCUGAUGCCUGGGCUUUGCUAGGUUUUCUUUGAAAGUACCUGGCUAAGACCCCAGGGUGGGGGCCAGGGAGAUGCCCCUGAUCUUGGGCCACAGAAGCUGCACUGUGGGUUUCGGGGUUGGGCUGAGAUUUAACCAGGUUUUGAGGCCUUUUGGGGGUUCCCUUGUCCGUGUGCCCUCAGGUGCUGCUGAGGAUGUAACAUGGACUUCCUGGAGGCCAGCUUGGGGGCCAGGGUUAGGGUAGAGCUGGGUGGGAGAAUGUGGUCAGCAUAUAGGGCCAAGUGACCCCAGCCCUGGGGAAAGAGGGACCCUGUCUGUGUGCUUGUGGCCUGGGCAGAGCCCCAGAGCCCUGGGUGCCUGUGGCUGGAGGGCUCCAGGCUCUCUCAGACUCACCGGGGCGCCGCCCACCCCUUGUUCAUAGUGCCCCCUCCCCUGGGUGGGGCUUCAGGCGCUGAGUCAUGGCUCUGGUGGGGAAGCCAGCCUCACCCUCCUACCCACCAUCCAAGCUGCUGAGGAAAUCCUGGAGGGAUGGCAGGAGAGGAGGCCUUGGUCCAUGGAGGGCAACUAUCGAUGAGGUGGAAACGGACGUGGUUGAGAUCGAGGCCAAACUGGACAAGCUGGUGAAGUUAUGUAGCAGCAUGAUAGAGGCAGGCAAGGCCUACGUCACCACCAACAGACUCUUCGUGAGUGGCAUCCGCGACCUGUCCCAGCAGUGCCAGGGCGACACUGUUAUAUCGGAAUGUCUGCAGAGGUUUGGAGACAGCCUGCAAGAGAUGGUCACCUACCACAUGAUCCUGUUUGACCAGGCCCAGAGGUCUGUGCGGCAGCAGCUCCACAACUUCGUCAAAGAGGACGUGCGGAAGUUCAAGGAGACCAAGAAGCAGUUUGACAAAGUUCGGGAGGACAUGGAGCUGUCGCUGGUGAGGAAUGCCCAGGCCCCGAGGCACCGGCCCCACGAGGUGGAGGAGGCUACGGGUGCCCUGAUCCUCGCCCGAAAGUGUUUCCGCCACCUGGCGCUGGACUAUGUGCUCCAGAUCAACGUCCUCCAGGCUAAGAAGAAGUUUGAGAUUUUGGAUUCCAUGCUGUCCUUCAUGCAUGCCCAGUACAGCUUCUUCCAGCAGGGCUACAGCCUGCUGCACCAGCUGGACCCCUACAUGAAGAAGCUGGCGGCCGAGCUGGACCAGCUGGUGAUCGACUCGGCAGUGGAGAAGCGGGAGAUGGAGCGCAAGCACGCCGCCAUCCAACAGCGGACGCUGCUGCAGGACUUCUCCUACGAUGAGCCCAAGGUGGAGUUUGAUGUGGAUGCACCCAGUGGGGUAGUGAUGGAAGGCUACCUCUUCAAGAGGGCCAGCAACGCCUUCAAGACAUGGAACCGGCGCUGGUUCUCCAUCCAGAACAGCCAGCUGGUCUACCAGAAGAAGCUCAAGGACGUGCUGACUGUGGUUGUGGACGACCUCCGGCUCUGCUCUGUGAAGCCCUGUGAGGACGUCGAGCGGAGGUUCUGCUUUGAGGUCGUGUCGCCCACCAAGAGCUGCAUGCUGCAAGCCGACUCAGAGAAACUGCGGCAGGCCUGGGUUCAGGCGGUGCAAGCCAGCAUUGCCUCCGCCUAUCGGGAGAGCCCUGACAGCUGCUACAGUGAGAGGCUGGACCGCACUGCCUCCCCGUCCACAAGCAGCAUCGACUCUGCCACGGACUCUCGGGAACGCAGUGUCAAGGGUGAGAGUGUGCUGCAGCGGGUGCAGAACGUGGCCGGCAACAGCCAGUGUGGUGACUGCGGCCAGCCUGAUCCACGCUGGGCCAGCAUCAACCUGGGUGUGCUGCUCUGCAUCGAGUGCUCAGGCAUCCACAGGAGCCUGGGCGUCCACUGCUCCAAGGUGCGGUCCCUGACCCUGGACUCAUGGGAACCGGAGCUACUGAAGCUGAUGUGUGAACUUGGAAACAGCACCGUGAACCGGAUCUACGAGGCCCAGUGUGAGGGGCCGGGCAGUAGGAAGCCUACAGCCAGCAGCCCCAGGACAAGGAGGCCUGGAUCAAGGACAAAUAUGUGGAGAAGAAGUUUGUGCAGAGGCCGCCCUCGGCACCAGCCCGGGAGGCCCCACAGCGCUGGAGGGUGCAGAAGUGCCAGCGUCACCACAGCUCCCCCCGAGCCCCUGCCCCCCGCCGCAGCAAAGUCCGGAUGGAGCCCGUUCUGCCCUCUGUGGCUGCCCUGUGCUCAGGUGGGAGGGGGCCGGCAGGUGCGCCCCAGCUCACAGGCCUGGGCAGGGGCCUGGCCCGGUUACUGCCCUGCUGCAGGCUCCGUAGAGCCCAGGUUCCGCAGGGACUCGCUCUUCUGCCCGGACGAACUGGACUCCCUUUUCUCCUACUUCGAUGCAGGGGCUGCUGCAGCCGGCCCACGCAGUCUGAGCAGCGACAGCGGCUUAGGGGGCAGCUCCGACGGCAGCUCAGAUGUCCUGGCCUUCGGCGUGGGCUCUGUGGUGGACCGCGUCGCUGAGGAGGAGGGUGCAGAGUCGGAGGAGUCCAGCGGCGAGGCGGACGGAGAGGCGGAGACCUGGGGCCUGGCAGACGUGCGCGAGCUGCAUCCGGGGCUGCUGGCGCACCGCGCGGCGCGCACCCGCGACCUUCCCGCCCUGGCGGCGGCUCUGGCGCACGGGGCGGAGGUCAACUGGGCUGACGCGGAGGACGAGGGAAAGACGCCGCUGGUGCAGGCUGUACUGGGGGGCUCCCUGAUCGUCUGUGAAUUCCUCCUGCAAAACGGAGCGGACGUGAACCAAAGAGACAGCCACGGCCGGGCUCCCCUCCACCACGCCACUCUCCUUGGCCGUACUGGCCAGGUCUGCCUGUUCUUGAAGAGGGGGGCGGACCAGCAUGCCUUGGACCACGCUCAGCAGGACCCAUUGAGCAUCGCGGUGCAGGAAGCAAACGCGGACAUCGUCACUCUGCUCCGUCUGGCGCGAAUGGCCGAGGAGAUGCGUGAGGCCGAGGCGCCCUCUGGCCAGCCGGGCCCUCUGACCGGCAGCAGCCCCACUGAGCUCCAGUACCGCAGGUGCAUCCAGGAAUUCAUCAGCCUUCACCUGGACGAGAGCUAGGGCAGCGGGGUGGGCGGGACCCCCCGGGCGGGACCCCCCCACCGGCCCGUUUCCGGAGAGCAUUGGUGUUCCGGAGCUCCUGGAGGCCCUGCUGCCGGCUCUGCCCUCCUCCUCCAGCGGCCCCCACCCCGGGCCGGAGCAGGACCAGCACUGAGUCUUAUGAAGCUCCAGUCUUCCCCAGGAGGUGUUGCAUCACUCCCCGCCCAGGGACCCUGUGUCUUCAGGUGACCCCUUCCUAGGGGGCCUGGGUUGCUCGUGUCACAAACCACUCUCAAGGCCCCAUGUCACCUUGUGCUCCUCUCUGCUCCCCCAGGCCCGUGUCACCUCCUGCCCCUCUAUCCCUGGGCCCAUGCCACUUGGUGCCCCACUCUGCCCUCAGGGCCUGUGUCACCUCGUGCCCCCACUUUACUGCCCAAGGACACUGACCUGCUAGUUGGGUCCCUCCCAUGCCCCUAGCCCCUCCGCUGGGCCCUGGGGCUGGUGGCUGGCCACCGGCACCUUGUGAGGGCAGAGGGGACCGCCCAUCCAGGGAAUCAACCCGUGUACCUCACUUAGCGACCCCAGCAUCCAGGCUGGGCUUCUUGGGUGCUUGGGGGCUCUGGCCUGGGGCCUCAGCCCUGACUGGGCACGGACGUCCUGAGGCCGUGUGGCUGGCCAUGCAGCCCCAUCUGUCCCUGCCUUUUCCCAGAGCGGGUGGCAAGUGCAUCACUCUUCCCACCCCUGCAUCUGAUGUCCUUUGUCACGGACUGAGGGGUUUUCUACAAUGACCUCGUUCUCACUUUGUCUCACGUCUUUUCUCUGGACUCAAGGACCACCUUGACCCCCAGCUCUGCCCGCUGCUGGGGGGGGCUCUGCAGCUCAGCCCUGCCCCCUCACCAGCCUUGCCCCUGGCUCAGCCCAUGGGGCUUCAGCUCAGCCCCAGGGCCCUCUGAUGCCUUCUGCAUUCCCCUUCCUGGAGCCCUGGGGCAGUGGCUGGGCCUCUCCCCAUCUCUACCCUCGGCCAGUCCAAGGCCAGUUGGCUGGUCACUAUGCAAAGGCUGCCCAGGGAGGCCCCAUGGGCAGCAAGGUGGGCCCCCAACUCCCUCGCCUGCUGGCUGUGACACCCAGAGAGCAGAAUUAACUCCUUCCUCUCUCCCUGCUUGAGCUUUGCCCCCACCUCCCACCCCACUGCCUGCGCCAGGGCCUUUGCUAGGGCCUCAGCUGGCGGGACCCGCCUCCACUCCAGAUCACAGUUAAUAAACAGCCGCUUGCACCCGCUGCCUCGCCUCACCCGCCUCACUCUGCUCUGUCUCGACUGGGGUGGGGGGUCACCUGCCUUCCCCAAGGGGCGGCCCUGCGUGGGACAGCACCAGUGGUGCCCUCAAAGGGUGCAGUAAGCUGGAACCUGAGGGCCUGCCUGAAACCUGGGCUCCAUUGAUUAAAAUCAGUUCCUGAUACUCCA